AUGAUGUUUACCAAGCCUACCGAAUUUUCCUUCGCGAAUAUGGACGAGGACUCUGCAAAAAAAGCUUUGUCUGUCAUGGCAUCCUUCUUCUAUAUUCAGGACGGCGGAGUGCAGUGGUUGAACGAGAAUCUUAGCCAAUUUGGUUGCACAGCCGAUGGUUUAGUUAACGAAGCCUUGGUUGAUCCGGAGCUAACACAACAUCAAGUCUGCCAAGAUCUCCAUCACGCAUAUCGUCUUCACAUAAACCCAGACGACGAAGAUGCUGCUGCAUACGAGACGCAAGUCCCUACAACCGGUGGCAAAGGCAAGAGUGCGCACCCAUAUAAUAAGCCCAUUGCUUAUGCAGCAAUACACCCUCAAGUACUUGUAGAGCAAGCGCUCAAUGCCCGACUUGCAAAAGUGGACGAAGUGCCCAUCGAAGAACAAUUCCUUGGAGAUGCUACCGAGCUGGAAGCUUCUGAGUGUGAACCAUCUGUUACUGAUCAACUUGUCAAUCAGCCUGAGUACGAAUCUUCGGUUGCCGACUACUCUGAUUACCAAUCCGAGCCAGAGGACUUCGUUAGAAGCAUCUCCAAUAUUUCCGAUGACGACGAUUCAGACGAUGAAGAUUAUAUCGAGAAGUCAGUUACCAACUUCGAUGAACUCACCUACGAACAACAGCUCGCUCUUACCAUCGAAGCCUCCCUGAAAGAGGACGCACCGCAGAAGUAUAACAACGAAUCUUCUGGUACCAACAACCAACUUACACCACCACCUUCUCAGCAAAAGACAGCUGCAAAAAUGAUCUAUUCUGGUGGAAAAAGCAUCUUAUCUCCACGCCAAUCUUCCAGUGGAAAACAUAUCUUCCCCGCAUCAUCACAUACCACUCCAUGUCCAUCUUCUCUCAAUAGAAAGCGAGAACACGACGAUUACGGGUCUCACGAUGAUGAAGAUUAUAUCAAGCCUACUCGUCGACCGACCAAGAAGCUCACGAAGUCUAUCACCAAAUCAUCUGUUCGCGCGCCUGCUUCUUCGUCUACCUCAGUCACUACUGCUCCAGUUUCUUCUUCCUUAAUCACUGCAUCUGGCUCCCCCCAUUCAUUAAGUCCUCGCAAAGCAUCCUCCAAACCUCGCAAAACACCUCGAUCUUCUCGCAAAAGUGGUCCUACCAGUAAACCUCGGCGCUCCGCCUGGACCGAUGACGAAACAUUCAAGCUCUACAAAUGUCUUGUCAAGCGUCGAGAAAUCGAAGCUAAGCUCCCCGGUCUCGUCAAACUCUACGAUGCUCCUCUCUGGAAGCACAUCUCGGAAGAACUUGCUUCUGUCCAUGGUAUUCAUCGAGCACCCGGUGGUUGCAAGUCUAAUUGGAAUCGAAAUGGACGAGAGUUCUAUGAUUUUGAUGAACGAUCAGUUUUGAAACGCUCGAAGUCUUUGGCUACUAGUGUUCAGGUUCCAAAGAAGGAUAGAAAGGGAAAGAAGCCUGUUGCUGUUGAUGAGAUUGAUGAUGAUGAAUAG